CUCCCCACAAGUUUACUUUGCCCUUUGAGGGAGAUGAGUUUCUGCUUCGGCAUAAGCGCCGUGAGACGAGCGGUGAAGGAGGGGGAAAUCUUGAGCACACAUUUUGAAAUCUGCUGAAUUCAGGAUUAUCGGCGGGUCAUGGACGGUUUGGUCUAGCGGAGUUGUUUGGAGGAUUCUCGGGUUGGACGCCUACAGCUGAGAGGACCGCGCCGUGCGACUCCAGGCGGCUCUGAGGGAAACCAUAUCUGGUCAAAGUAUUCGUUGCUGUCACACAGCGGGACCGUCCGGCUAUAAAUAGCGCUGGAGGAGGGCUGUCUAAUGCUCAGGAGUGCUGCAGGCACUUUGUUGCCACUACUGUUUUGUAGCUCUUAACCUGAGCAGGAGGUCAUUGAAAUAUAGAGUUUCAAUUCCAAACUUUGGAAUCCUUUGAACCCCUGAUAUCUUACAUAUUGUUUUUCUUACCUGGCGGCGUUAUUGAGGGUUGUUGUACAUCAUGUCGGUGCUCAAGAAGGAGAUGGAGAAGUACAGGGACAUAGAUGAGGAUGAGCUGCUGAUGAAACUGUCAGAGGAAGAGCUGCAGCGAUUAGAGGAUGAAUUAGAGGAGCUGGAUCCUGAUAAUGCGUUGCUACCAGCUGGGCUGCGACAGAAAGACCAGACAAAGAAAGCGCCGACAGGAACGUUUCAAAGAGACAACCUGCUUGCCCACCUGGAGAAGCAGGCCAAAGAGCAUCCUGACAGAGAAGACCUGGUGCCCUUCACAGGGGAAAAGAGAGGGAAAGCCUGGGUGCCUAAAAAGAUUGUGGACCCCAUCAUGGAGAACGUGACUCUGGAGCCAGAGCUUGAGGAAGCGCUGGCGAGUGCUACUGAUGCUGAACUCUGUGAUAUUGCAGCCAUCCUGGGUAUGCACACCCUGAUGAGUAACCAGCAGUACUAUGAAGCCCUGGCCAGCAGCACCAUAGUCAACAAGCAAGGCCUCAACAGUGUGAUCCAGUGCACCCAGUAUAAACCAGUCCCUGAUGAAGAGCCCAACCCCACUGAUGUAGAAGAGACCCUGCAGAGGAUGAAGAGGAAUGACCCUGACCUAGUGGAGGUCAACCUCAACAACAUCAGAAACAUCCCUGUAAAGACUCUGAAGGCAUAUGCUGAAGCUCUAAUCACAAACACUGUGGUGGAGAGGUUUAGUAUAGUUGGAACCAGGAGCAACGACCCCGUAGCAUUUGCCCUGGCAGAGAUGUUGAAGGUGAACACAACGCUGAAAAGCCUAAAUGUUGAGUCAAACUUCAUCACAGGAACAGGAAUUCUGUCUCUCAUAGAGUCACUGCAGAGCAACACCACGCUACAGGAGCUCAAGAUAGACAAUCAGAGCCAGCCGUUAGGCAACAAGGUGGAGAUGGAGAUAGCGAACAUGCUGGAGAAGAACACCACACUGCUGAAGUUUGGAUAUCAUUUCACCCAACAGGGCCCACGUCUGCGAGGCUCCAAUGCAAUGAUGAACAACAACGACCUGGCCCGGGCCGUCAGGACAGAGUCAGACGGCUCCAUCACCUUCACUCUUUCUGUGCCAGAGCUGGAGAGAGCCUUCGGGAAAAAAUUCAAGUCUAAGACUAAUACGAAAGAGAAGGCUUGAGGGAGGACCCAUCUUCCCCAAGUGUCGGACGAAUGUGUAAAAACCAGAGCUACUCUCAACCCUCUGUUCCCCUUCAACACCAUCAUUACAAACCUCGACGUUCAAGCCUCAGCCUCACCUCCUCCAAUGGCGUCCAAAGAAGUCCAUAAACACCUCAGAUUUAAAGCUUAGAGGUUAUCUCUGAACUCUGUACUAUUGAGCUUUUGUUUGAAGUGGAUAGUAAAAGAGCUCUCAGUGCAUGCAUGAAGUGAGAUUUUAUAGGUUUUUGUUUUUUGAAGUUUAAAUUUUAAAUUGGACUUCAGGCUUGAAUUGUAAUUCUUUCUACAAACUAACAGUGCAAGGCUAACUUAGUCACUUUGAAUCCUUUAUCUCCUCAAGAGUUUUUAAAAUUCUUAAAAAGAGGGCUGGACGUUUUUCAGUGAGGUUGGUGAGGUACUUUGAAGCAGUCUGUUUUUCAGUCAGGAGUUGAAUGAAUUAUAAGUACUAUUCUGUACAUGAGUUGUGCUUUUGUUACUGUUGUUCCCAAAGCUUCUGAUGUUGCUUCAAGAUUUUCACACAAAGUAUUUUCCUGCGAUACUCCAAAGUUGAUGUUGUACCUUAUAAUGAAGAAUGCUGAUUCUUUAGUUACCAACUAAUGAAUUUAGCUGAGUUUAUUUAUUUUUCAUAGAUGUUGGUAAAAGGUAGAAGCCAUUCAGUUACUUAACUUGGAUUGGUUGUGCUGCAGAGUAGUGUAAAAAGUCUUCUGUAUAUGAAAAUGUACUCAAAAUACAUGUUGCACCAUAUUCCUGCUAGCUGGGAAGAGCCAAUGCAAAUUUGAGAUGUUGUAAUUGAACAAGAAAAUUUACAGAUAGGGAUGUAGUAUAUUGGAUAUUUGCUGAUUCUGAAAUGCAGUUAUUUACAAAUGAAUGUUAGCCAAUCCUUAUAACUUAAUGUAGUUCUGACCUGAUACUUCAGUCUUUAGAGUAUACUAUAAAGUUUAGGAAUGAGGAUAAACAGAGAAAAAGACUUAAAGGAAGUAUUCAGACCCCUUCCCCUUUUGUCUUCACCUCUCUAUUAAGGCUCCUGAUUGUGCCAAACUUCUUUAAUUGAGGAUGAUGGAGGCCCCGUGCUCUUGGGAACCUUCAGUGCGACAAGAUUUUUUUGUAGCCUUCACCAGAUCUGUGCCUUUAAGCAACCCUGUCUCUGAGCUCU